AUUAUGUGGGCGUGGGCUCUUUUGCCAAUUACCCUGACAGUAUGGGCAACAGCUGGGAUAUGGAUAGUGUAUGCAAUGUCAGUGAAUAAUGGUUCAGUCAACAUCACAGAGGGCUUUCCCUACAUCAGCACAUGUGGCUCAUACCCUCCCCAGAGCUGUAUAUUUGCACAGGUUCUUAACAUAGGGGCUAUGAUGGCAUCCUGGAUCACUGUCAUACGAUUUCAGCAAAUCAGGGACUAUCGUUGCCACUCUCAUCUAAAUUCUGCCACUCUUGCAAUGGGAUUGUUAAGUGCUUUAGGAACGUCUCUUGUUGCCAAUUUCCAGCAGUCCAAUCAAAUUGAAACACAUCUGGUUGGAGCAUUCUUGGCGUUUUUCGUCGGUAACAUUUAUUUCUGGCUGCAAACAGCAUUAACCUACAAGGUAAAGCCAAGGCAUGGUGGACGGUGGAUUGGCCCAGUUCGAUUCAUCCUCUGUAUUGCUACCACCUCACUUAAUAUAAUGAUGAUCGCGUUUGCUGCAGUCAAAAUGCCAUCAAUAGCUGCUAUAUGUGAAUGGAUGGUGGCCGUCAUGUUAUUUGCAUUGUUUGGACUGUUCUCUGUUGACUUCUGGCACAUUGAUGGACACUUCUUCCAUGUAAAGAAAAGGAUAGCCAUUCCUAAUGAAAUACAAGUUUCCACUCUCACGCUGACUACGUAA